GUGUAAUAACAAUAUAUCAAUCAUCUCACAUCCAAUUGAUGUUCGCCCUAGCCGCUUUUGCUCUCUGGCACAAUCACCGAGAACUCAAUUUUCGGCGGCGUCGGCUCCGGUCGACGUCGCAGGACCUUUUGCUCACCAUCUUCGUUGUCUCCUAUGUCUCAUGAUCCUGUUUUUGUUUAUUUCUAGUCUCAUCGGAAUUUUGCCGAAAUCUCGAAUCUCUGCUCCCGUCAUGCUUCAGCUUCAUUUUCAACAUCUCUAUCUCCUCUCUUCUUAUCUGAUGGAUCUUCUCGGCGAAUUUGUUUUCCCAAGCUUCUUCUCGCAGAGGUUUAUAUCGGAAGAAGAGUCAUCUAAGUCUAUUUGCGCAUCAUUGGAAAAAUCAGAACUUUCUAGCUCUAGAUCUGGACCAUCACCAAUGGCACAAACAGUUUGUACUCACCGAAUUUCGUUGAUGGCAAGAGUAUCUCUUGGACCGUCUGUUGCACCUAUUCCGGUGAGUUCGUCGACGGCGCACGACGUCUCUCAAAGCUGUCUAGUUGCUCCCCUUGCUUUCCUCAGGUCUGUGUCGUUCAUCAACUUGCCAAAUUCAAUUCUAAAGAUGUCCUGCUCAAUUAUGACUGGUAGUGGACGCCACGUUAGGGUAGUAGUGAUAUCUUUAGGCUGGAUUUGUCACUAUCAAUCACGAAACCUGUUGAAUCUAGAAGUUUUCUUGCUAUCCGAUGAAAAAUUAUCUUUGAAGCUUCUUGGAUUAAUGCUACACUCGACCCAUAGCUUGCGUGAUUCUGGUCACCAUUUUGCUCAGUUGGGACUCAUAGUUCGAGUAACAACUUUUUCAAGUUCAAGCUUAAUCAUUCCGCCUCAUACUUAUUGGGCGAUGCAUAUCAACACUCUCGAACCAUUUUGGAGAAACCGCCUCGGUAUGUUCAAUCUAACCUUAUCUCAAGUCCUCUUAAAUCGGAUAUUCAUUGCCUUGGAUUGAAUGGACGUGGACUACACUCUAGCCUCGCUUUACUAUCCUUCUUUUGGCCUUGUGAUUACUUUUGGCGACUCCUACAAACCAUAGAGAAACCAUCCUUGCAAAACCAUCCUUGCAAACCCUUAGUCUCCUUUAUGGAGCACCUUAACAAAAGCUCUUUGGCGUUAUUCGCGCGAGCUCUUUAUGACCACUUGUUGGUCGGGGAUUUUUCGAAGCUCGUCUU